UGUGGAUGCCCGCCUGGAAAGAGAGCUGAUGCCACAUAAACCAAAGAUGGAACUGGUUGGACGGUUAUAAGAACAAAAGACCAGAAAAGAAAUGGAAGAAAAAUUGAAAAAACGUCCAAAAAAGUUGGUUAUAUCAGUAAAGUCGUAUUUUUUUUUAUCUCAUUAAUGUCGCUUCAUGUAUUGCUCACCGUAACUUUAAAGUUUCGACGCCGGAAAAUGUAAUGUCAAUAAUUAAAUUUAAUUUCUUUUAAGAAAGGGAUUAGUACCAAUAUGAAAAUUGGCGCCUUUACCUUCCAUAAAUAUUUAACAAAAAGUUGUCCAGAAAAAACCUGGAAGAAGAAGGUGACCCAUGAAUUAUGCAUAAGCUCAAACACAACAUCCUCUUCAACCCUCUAAAACAGCCGCCAUUUCGCUACUCCGCCGCCUCUUCCACCACCACCACCACCACCACCAAGUCCUUCAAUGCCACCCUCCACCGUCUUUCCUCAGAAGGUUCACAUCAUCAUGCUUUACUCACAUACAACUCCAUGCUCAACUCCUCUGUACCUCCUGACCCUUUCACUUUCCCCACUCUCCUCAAAGCCUGCAUUUCUCUUAACCUCCUCCCCCACGGCCUUUUGCUACACCAACACGUAAUCGUUAAUGGGUUUUCUUCUGAUCCUUAUAUCGGGUCAUCCUUGAUUAGUUUUUAUUCUUCUUUUGGGCUUACAGAGCAUGCACACAAAGUGUUUGAUACAAUGCCUGAGAGGAACAUUGUCCCGUGGACGACUGUUAUUGGUUAUUAUGCACGAACUGGUGAAUUUGAGCAUGCUUUUUACCUGUACAAAUCUAUGUUAAACGAAGGAAUAAAGCCGACUUCUGUUACCUUUUUGACUCUGCUUUCUGGAGUAUCAGAGAGCAUUCAUGUGGAGUGUUUGCAUGCUUGUAUAGUAAAAUAUGGUUUUAUGGGUCACAUUGCUUUGUUGAAUUCUAUGCUGAAUGUGUAUGGUAAAUGUGGAAGAAUUGAGUAUGCUAGGAAGUUAUUUGAGUGGAUGGAUGAAAAGGAUACUGUUUCUUGGAACUCUUUGGUUUCAGGGUAUUCUUUAGUGGGGAACACAAAAGAAUUAUUGACGCUUAUGUAUAGAAUGAGGUCAGAAAAUACAUGGCCUGAUUAUCAAACAUAUGGGGCAUUGCUUUCUUCCAUUGCAAAAGAGGGUAGUGCUGAAUUUGGAAAAGUGGUGCAUGGACAGAUAGUUGCUGCUGGAUUUGAAUUAGAUGUGCAUCUUCAGACAUCACUUAUGUUUAUGUAUUUAAAAUGUAGGAACAUGGAUUAUACGUUUAAGAUUUUCGAGCGAGCAACAGAUAAAGAUGUAGUUUUGUGGACAACUAUUAUAUCAGGACUUGUUCAGAAUGAACGUGCAGACAGAGCACUUGAAAUGUUUCAUAGCAUGUUGUAUAGUAGAACUGAACCUUCUACAACUACCAUAGCAAGUGCACUUGCAGCUUGUGCUCAAUUAGGUUCAUUGAAAGUAGGAACUUCUAUACAUGGCUAUAUGUUGAGGCAAAGAAUAGCCAUUGACACUCCGGCCCAAAAUUCUCUUAUCACUAUGUAUUCAAAAUGUGGCUAUUUGAAGCAAGCUCUUAUCGUUUUUCAUAUGAUAAAAAACAGAGAUGUGGUCUCCUGGAAUGCAAUUGUUGCAGGAAAUGCCCAGAACGGGCAUUUAUCAAUUGCCUUGCAUCUGUUUAAUGAAAUGAGGAUAGCUCAUCAAAGACCUGAUUCAAUAACAGUGGUUUGCCUUCUUCAAAUUUGUGCCUCAAUUGGAGCAUAUCAGCAAGGGAAGUGGAUCCACAAUCUUGUUGUAAGGAGCUAUCUUGAACCUUGCGUUAAGAUAGGUACGGCUUUGGUUGAUAUGUACUGCAAAUGUGGUGACUUAGACAGUGCAAGGAAGUGUUUUGACAGGGUCACAGAACGUGAUCUCAUUUCAUGGAGCACAAUUAUUUCUGGAUAUGGCAGUCAUGGUGAAGGGGAGACUGCCCUGGCGUUGUAUAUGGAGCUUGUGCAAAGUGGUCUUACACCAAACAGUGUUAUUUUCUUAUCUGUUCUUUAUGCAUGUAGUCAUAAUGGACUUGUGGACCAAGGUUUGAACUUGUUUGAUACUAUGGCAAGGCAUUUUAAGAUUGAACCUGAACUCGAACAUUGUGCAUGUAUAGUUGACCUACUUUGUCGAGCCGGUAGGGUGAAAGAUGCAUACAACUUCUAUAAGAUGAAAUUUCCAGAACCAAUGGCCAAUGCUUUGGGUAUAGUUCUUGAUGCUUGCAAAACAAAAGCCCUGGAAGAACUUAGGGAUGUUGUUGCUAAAGAAAUCUCAGAGUUAGAUCAUGAGGACGCUGGAAGGUAUGUGCAAUUGGCUCAUAGUUAUGCUUCAUUGGCCCAGUGGGAUGGCGUUGGUAAGACCUGGGUCCAGAUGAGAGAACUUGGGCUCAAAAAGCUUCCUGGUUGGAGUUUUAUUGACUUACAUGGAGUGAUAACAACUUUUUUCAUGGGCCAAACCUCUCAUCCUCGGCAGGAAGAUAUAAUGUUGGUUCUGAAGAAUUUGAACGAGGAGAUUAGUGAAAGGGUAAUCAUGUCAAACAUAGAGAAUAUAUCAUAAGUGCUUAUGUACGACAUCUUCUCCCUGCUGUUUUUCCUUUGGGGAUCACUGAUGUCAAACACUUGGUGAAACUUAGGUAGAAACUGAGAGGAGAUACCUGACAGUAAAUGUCAAUUUGUUCAGGAUGUCAUUGUGGUACUAGAUAUUGAGCAAGGAAAUAUCAGUUUAAUAAGAGAGCAAGCCAGGAACCCAGGAAGUGUUACAACUACUAACUGCAAAUCCACCGCAUGUGGAUGCCUAUAAGAGAGUGACAGAAGAAUGUUAUACACAGAGCAUUUUUCAUGGAGAGUGAUUGCAAAUCAGCUUAACCGUUUGGCUGAGGAAAACCAUUGAGAGUUUUUAUUUUAAGUUAAUACAAGUGGGGAAGAAAGAAGGAAAAAACAAUUGUGAUUGGCAUCCCCUGUUGAAGCUAAAUCCGGAGUUGAACCAGAUGGGUGUGUUGAACUCAUCAAACAUGCAACUACAAACUGCCCUUAUCUUGAAUUCUGUAGCCUGUUGACCAUUGGAAUGCCAGAUUAUACGUCAACUCUUGAGAACUUUAAGACUUUUAGCAAGUCAUAGAAGCGAGGUCUGCAAGGCACUUAGAAUAUCUGAAGAACAUUGUGAGCUGUCAAUAGGCAUGUUUGUCGACUUUGAACUUACUUGAAAUUCAUCGUCAGAAUUGCCUGCGGAGAUCUUGUCAGUGAUAUUCAAUUCCAACUUUCCUCCUGCUUCCAAUCUGUUGACUCUUCCUGCAGUUACUCGUCAUUCUAUGCUUCGCCUAUGACCCCCUUAAGGAAUCUAAGAUUUUAUAUUAAGGAGCAGUUGGUCUAAUGCUAUUAUAUUAGGUUGAGAUGGGCAGUACAAAUGAUUGAAUUGGAUCUACUAUUUGGGGCAAGGGAGUUUCCAAAGAAGCAACCGAACUAGGUUGAUGCACAUAUUGUAGUGAAAGAACCCGAGGAAAUCUGGAGCAUUUAACACAUUACCUCAGGUCACGCAUUGUGGAAAACAUUUUACACUUAGGUCAGGUGUUCAAUAGAUACUAGCCUUCGUUAGGUGUCUAAAUGGCAAAAAUUGACAAGUAUAUAGGGUUGCAUAUUUAUUCAGCCCUCUUUAUUUAUACCAUGCUACUUCAGCCUCACUGGUGGGAAAGGGCAUCAAACUUUCCUGUCUCCAUUCAAUUGAUAUUAUAGUCAGUUCAUUUUAUUUUAUUUU